AUGGCCUCCCAUCGCAUCGGCGCCCGCCUCUCUGGCCUCUCGCCAGAGCAGCUCGUCGCCUUCAUCGACGAGCAGGCGCCUCUCUGGAGCGCCGCCGCACUGCGCGUGGCGGAGGAGCACGCCGCACGGCUCGUGGAGCAGCCCGAGUGGGUGCUCUCCGAGGUCCUCCUCUCGCCGGACCUCGCCCCGCACAUCCUCGCCCAGCUGCCGACCAAGGAGCACGCCGCCAAGGGAACGUCAGCAGACAAUUCACGCGUGGCACGCAUUGGAUUUCACGCGUGGCAUGCAUUAUCAGACUCUGUCUCGCUUAAUUUAGACGCGGCCGGGCGGGUCGAGGCGGCGGCGAAGGAGAGGGAGAAAGAGCGCGCCGCGAGGGAUCGGGAGCGCACCAAGGCGACGGCGCAGGCAAGGCCGGAGGUCGCGGCGGCUCAGAAGAAGCGCAAGGCGGCCGAUGACAAGAAGAGGGCGGUGGUUGAGCGGCUCAAGUCGCAAAAGGCGCAGCGCGCGAGGGCGCCUCGUCGGCCCAGCCGCGGCGGCGGCGCAGGAGGACUCCUCUCCAACGUCCUCGUCCUCGGGACGGGCGCCGCGGUCUACCUUGGCGUGCUGGGCGACGACAGCUCCACCGGGGAGGCCUAGCCGGGCUAGGGCGCUAGAUCGGGCAACCCGAGCCCUGCCGAGCUCCUGCGCUGCGGGGGCCGCCCCGCGAAGGGCCGGGGUGCCCACUGCCCCCGGUGGGAGAGCCUGCGCGCUCGUGCGUCGCGGCGUGCCUCACGAGUGUGGUGGUACGGACACACAGAGCUCACGGGCUCCUCACAGAGCGAGAGCCGUCUCUCGGGUCUCGCUCGCUCUCGGGAGUCUCUCGGUCGCAGCCGCAGGGUAGCCGCGGGUAGGCGGACCCGGACGUGUCGGAGAGCUGGCCGCUGCAUAUUAUACACGCAUGUUCGUUUUG